GGGAAAAGCAAGUAGCAAAAAAAUCGCAUUUCAAAGCAAAAGGACAACAGUUUUAUAGAGCUAAAAGAGCAGCAGAAAUUGAAGAAACCUGAAAGACAGAAAAAACGAUGAAGACUAUCGACUGAGACACAGGCGAACACCUUGGACGUUUGUUUGCCUUCUGCGAACGUCUGUUUAAGCGUGUUAGUUAUUACUCAAGCAAAACGGUCGGACAAAGUGUGUCAAUUCUAGUAGCAAAACAAAAACAUCUGCUGAGAAACCUCCGAAUCUAGGAGGAUGGACGGAGGAGAGUCGAGGAGAUCAGAAGGUAGCGGUCGGCUGUCAGCCCUACAGGAGCAGCUGGUGUGGUCUCUACUGGGUUCAGGACUGUCAAAAGAGUUACUCAUCCAGGCCAUGGGAGAUCUAGAACGAGAACGGGCCUCAUCUGGUGGCGAGAGGGCAGACCGGGCCGACUGUGAGAGCUCAGAGGAAGGAGAGAUGGACAAUCCACCUCCGAUCUAUCGAGAGCUGGAGAAACUGCCGCCUGAAGAGGCCGCAAGACAGAGAGCUCAAGUGGACCAGCUGCUACAAGAGGAUCCUUGGCACGUGGCUAAAAUGGUGAAGAGCUACAUGCAGCAGCACAACCUUCCCCAGAGAGAGGUAGUGGAGUCCACUGGUCUCAACCAAUCGCAUCUGUCGCAGCACCUCAACAAAGGCACACCCAUGAAGAACCAGAAACGUGCCGCUCUCUACAGCUGGUACACCAAGAAGCAGGCAGAGAUCAGUCAGCAAUUCACAAAUGCCAGUCGAGGAGUCAUGUCGGGUGAGGAACCCGGGGAAGAUGUGAGAAAAGGACGGAGAAACAGAUUUAAAUGGGGUCCCGCCUCCCUGCAGAUCCUGUUCCAGGCUUAUGAACGACAGAAAAACCCCAGUAAGGAGGAAAGGGAGGGACUGGUGGAGGAGUGCAACAGAGCGGAGUGUCUUCAGAGGGGAGUUUCUCCUUCUCAGCUGGCUGGCCUAGGCUCUAAUCUGGUCACAGAGGUUCGGGUUUACAACUGGUUUGCAAAUCGGCGUAAAGAGGAGGCAUUUCGCCACAAACUGGCACUAGAUGUGCCCUACAGCAGCCAAUCAGCUGCCUCCACAUGCCAGACACUGCCAUCCAGUCCUUCACCAGGUCUGAAGUACAGUCAGACGGUGGUGUGUGAGAGUUUGGGCACCGUGAGAAGCUCUGGUGGUGAAGAUAGAGGUGCCAGUGUUCGUUUAGCAAGUCCAGUCCAGCUUGAACCCAGUCACACACUCCUGGAGACACACCAUCACAAACCAGCAUCUGUAGGAGGCUCUUUACCUCCUGUCAGCACUCUGACUUCCCUGCAUGGCAUGUCCGGAUCCUCCGCUGGUGCUCCAGGGCUCUUCAUACCAAGUGUCAUGAGCCUGGGAGAUUCCUCACUUCUCAUUGGCUUGACAUCCUCUCAACCCCAGACUGUCCCUAUCAUCAAUAAUGUAGGGGGAGGGUUUACCACCCUUCAGCCAAUCUCCUUUCAGCAGCCACUUCAUGCCUCACCUCAGCAGCCAAUAGCACAGCAGCUUCAGAGUCACAUUGCCCCAAGCUCCUUUAUGGCCACAAUGGCACAGUUACCAUGUCACAUGUACAGCAAGGCAGAUUUGAGCUCUUACCCUUCCUCCAGUCUCCUGUCUCAGGCUAUGGUGAUCGCAGACAGCAGUAGCAUCGGGACACUGACCAACCUCACAGCUGUUCGACAGAUUCUCACCACAGAUCCUGAGGGUCACACAGAAUCUGCCAUUGAAGAGGAUUCAUUACAUCUGCAGUCCACUUCACCUGAAGCAGGGUCUUCAGGCAGUUUGGAUCUUUAUCCUCAGAGCCAGACAAGUGAAACCCAUUCUUCACAUCUCCAGCUCUCCUCUCCAGCAGGAGACAUUGAUCCUUACAUUCCUGCACAGAUGGUCUCCACUGCACAAUAGACUCAAUAAAAAACAAAAACUCCUCCAAAAGCUGUGGAGAUAUGCAGAAGAAAACAUUUCAAAAAUACAAUUUUCAAAGCAACAAUAUGUGCAAAAAAAUAUCAUACUUAAACACAGAAACAAACAUUGCUACCUGCUGCCUAGCUAUGCUAAUAAUGAGUUGUUUUUAAUAUAUUUCACAGAAAGACAAGUUUAAAUUUUAAAUAGUUUGUUUUUCUCUGUGUAACAUGUAAAUAGGUAAUGUUUUAAAAUGCCUGGCUGUAAUACAGAGUAGUGUUUUUACCCAUUAGGCUUCUAUAAUGCUAAAAAAUAAGUCUAGAAAGUAAUUUCUGGUAAAAUGGAAAAAUAAACUUUAUUGAUGAUUUUAAGGAAAUUCUGCAAGACUGAAACACAAGAAAAAACCUUUGGUGCAAAAACAUACUGGGUAUUACUAUGCACCUUUUAGGAGUAAAUACUGUUUAAAGUGGCAUUGAAUGAAAACAGAUCAGGUUUCUGUUAUUCUAUAACAUACAUUACAAACCUAAAAUACAAACAUCCAGAACGGCAUUAACAGAUUAACUAAUUAUUAUAAAAAUGAAGUUUUUCAUUCAUCUUUUUUGAUGUCCUUCUCCAACUUUUUCCUUUUCUUUUUCUUCUUCUUCUUCUUCUUUUUCAAUCUCUCUCCAGCAGUUGUUUGCUCUUGGUUUCCUUCUACGUUAGACUGUUUCUCUGUCUGAUGAUUCACUUUGUCCUGACUUUCCUCACUGGAGGUUUUUCUUUUCUUCUUUUUCUUCAUCUUUGUCACUGUGUCCUCGGUCUCUUCUUUUGUGCUCUUCUCCUCUGUUUUCUCUGAGAGGUUUUGGGCUACAGGUCCGAGAAUGUCAGAUAGAGACACAGCAGCUUCUCGAAACCUCAUCUCCAUCUCACUGUCACUGUCACUGCAGAAACACAAAAAACAGAUGAUUUUAACAGAAAACAGAUGCACAGUUAUGCAAAAUGUAAAUAAACAGGAGUUGCACUAAA